CGAGAAGUGACCAGGAGGAAUUAGAAUGAUGGAAGUUUGAUGGGAUUCUUGGAUAUAUAGGAGAAAAGAUCCUCAGACCGAGGCCUCCUGCCGGUGUGCGUGCCAUGCCCUCGCCUCGGUUCGGCAGCGCGAACAGCGGCGGCGGCGGCGGCGAUGUGGAGCUACGUGAUGGCGGCGGCCCGCGGUGACCCGCGCCGGCGCCCCCGCGGCUCCGUCUUCACCGUGCAGGCGGUGGCCGGGGCCGGCCCUGGACCCUGCAGGGACGGCCUCAACUCCUACCGGCACCAGUACCACGGCAAGAAAGAUGGCAUCAUUAGAGGCAACUCGAGGGAUGCACUCACUAACGAAUCGACUCACUCUAGAGACGGUUCACGGGACAAGUUGGCAGAAGUGCGGGUGUACACACCAUUGGCUCGGUGCAACACCCCUACCGAAAUUCCAUUACAGGAUGCCGACCACCCGAGCCCCACCCGCCUGCUCUCGACCGUGCGCGGUCGGCUCGGCCAGGUGGUCGCCUCGCUGCGCGCCGCCAUCCGAUUCCGCCGGCUGUCCAAGAAGGAGCCGCCGCAGACGCCCGACUGGUUCGUCGACAGGAGCAACCAGGAAGAGGGAGGAGAGAGGAGGGCGCAGGGGGCGCCCGCGUGCUGGGGGCGAAGAGUGGUGGUGGAUCCGGCAUUGCCAAGUUACUAUAUCUGGUUGAUGGUGGUUUCGCUGGCCGUCCUGUACAACGUCAUCUUCGUCUUGGGUAGAGCGGUUUUCUGGGAGCUGAACAAUAAGACUGGGAUCCAGCCGCUCUGGUGGACGUUGGAUUACCUCUGUGAUUUCAUUUAUAUUUUAGACGCUCUAGCACACGCACACGAAGGGUACUUGGAACAAGGCCUCCUAGUGACAGACCCCAGGAAACUCCGGGAACACUACCUCCAAGCAAAAUGCUGGCGCACCGACCUCCUCUCAGUGCUGCCAACCGAUCUGGCCUACCUCUGGUGGCCGCCCUUCGAAUGUCACAAAAAAGUGCCGUGUCCAGUGAUAGUGCGACUGAACCGACUCUUCAAGCUGCCCAGGCUGUGGGAGUGGUUCGAAAGGACAGAAACGGACACCAACUACCCGAAUGUGUUUAGGAUUUGUAAAGUGGUGUUGGCCAUCCUGGUGCUCAUACACUGGAACGCUUGCCUAUACUUCGCGAUCAGUUACGCCAUCGGAUUCGGUACCGAUAACUGGGUGUAUAACUUGGACGGACCUCAUAACUCCACGUUGGCAAGACAGUACAUUUAUAGUUUUUACUGGUCCACGUUGACGCUCACUACUAUCGGUGAAACCCCAGUGCCUGAGAACGAUGCUGAGUAUCUGUUCGUUGUCGCUGAUUUCUUAGCUGGAGUUCUCAUUUUUGCUACGAUUGUCGGCAACAUCGGCUCCAUGAUCUCCAACAUGAACGUGGCGCGCGUGGACUUCCAGAACCGCAUGGACGGUGUCAAGCAGUACAUGGCGUUCCGCAGGGUAGGGCGAGAGUUGGAGGCCCGCGUCAUCAGGUGGUUCGCGUACACGUGGGCGGAGAGCGGCGCGCUGGACGAGGAGCGCGUGCUGUCCGCGCUGCCGGACAAGCUCAAGGCCGAGAUCGCGAUCCGAGUGCACCUGGACACGCUGCGCAAGGUGCGCAUCUUCCAGGACUGCGAGCCCGGCCUGCUCGAGGCGCUCGUGCUCAAGCUGCGGUUGCAGGUAUUCUCUCCAGGAGAUUAUAUAUGUCGAAAGGGUGAUGUCGGCAAAGAAAUGUACAUCGUGAAGAGAGGAAGACUACAGGUUGUAGCAGACGACGGUGAUACUGUGUUAGCUACGCUAGGGGCUGGCUCCGUGUUUGGAGAAGUGAGCGUCCUAGAUAUAGCAGGAAAUCGCACUGGUAACCGCAGGACGGCCAAUGUACGAUCCCUGGGAUACUCCGAUCUGUUCUGCUUAGCUAAAGAUGACCUCUUGAUGGCUUUAGCAGACUAUCCAGAGGCAAGGGCUACUUUAACAGAAAGGGGAUGUCAAUUAUUACGAAAAGACGGCCUACUAGACGAGGAUCAAUUCAAGAACGCCAAAGAGACGCAAGAAUCCAUGGCUGACAGUAUAAAAAAACUGGAAAGCACAGUGGAAACUCUGCAAACAAGACUGGCCAGGUUCUUGGCUGAGUUCACAGCUAGUCAAGCCAAACUCAAACAGCGCUUGACCAAAGUCGAAUCAAGGCCUGAGAAGGAAGUAGAAAUUCCCACCAGAAGCCUCGUCAUACCAUCCGGAAGAAGAAGAUUGUACUCCUUCGAGGUAACGAGAAAAACUCCAUCAACUCCGUCAAGACACAAAACCAUGUGA